AUGAAGCUUUCUAUCCCAGCUAACGAAAGCCAAAAUAGACUAUUAUUAAAAGAUAUUGAUAUUCCUUUAUGUCCUGAAGAUUUAUACGGCCAAGAAGAAAGCAACCCAAACAUUUUUGAGUCAACAAUUCCUAUACACGCUUUUGCUGAGCCGAAUCUAAAUUUAUAUUCAAGCUCUCGUCCUGUGACAGCCCCUACAACUCGCCGUCAUAAUUUAAGGCCGAAUAAGCAAGCUCAAAAAGUAUCAGAUAUUAUGAACAUGACUUUUACUUCCCCAAAAUCUUCUAUUGAGUCGAGAUCCCAGCUAUGCGAUUCCCUAAGGUUUAAACCUAUGAAUCUCAGCCGUUUAUCGAGAAACUGCAGAAGUGCUUCAAAAACGAGAGACAGUGUAAAUAUAAAUAAACAAAGUAUGCACCCGAAGGUGAAACUUAUGAGGGGUUAUCAUAAAAAUGAUGAGGAGCUCAUUGAUAAUAAAGAGUUAUAGGGUUUUCCCCUAUAUACUGAGUUAGUUCCAAUAACCAAAGGAUUCCGACAGAAUCCACAGCCCUAAUAGGAUUAUAUAAGGAAAAACCCUAUAUAUCAGAUAGCUAAAUCGAAAUCUAUUGAGGCUAUACUUUUUUAUAGAGAAAUUUUUAACAAUAUAUAAAUAAUAAAAAAAAUAGAGAAAUAUUAAGAAUAAUAAAGGAUAUUUUAAAGCUAAACUCAAAAAACCCUGAAAGCAUUGGGGUAGCAGUUUUACAAUUAGAAAAAGAAGAACAGGUCCAUAAGCCGAAAAUUAAGCCAACUUUAGCUGAGUCAAGAGGAAACUCACCGUUAAGAGAUACACAAAAAUUAAGUGAUUUUGCAUUAGAAAUAAAAAACAAAAUUUGAAAUAGAAAAAACACUGCAAAUAAUCCUGAAACAUCACAAAAAGUAUUGAAAAAAGAAGAAAAUGAAGAAAUUUGAAAUUUAAGCACACAGGAGGAUACUGAGUCUGGGUAUAAAGCUGCAAGAUAUGAAGGGGUUUCAGUCCUUUCUAAGAUUUUAUUACAGCAGAGAAGCCAGCUGCAUUAUUUUGAAGCAAGCUUAGAUUGGCUUCCCUGCCCUCAAAGCCCAAAACACAGCUCUCGGCCUGGCACACAAGCUUCACCUACAAAUCGAUACAAAGACCUCCAACGACCAGCCACCCAAUCUCCCAGAAAAUCUUUCAAAACUUUUCAAAUUUUCGAAAAUGAGCCUCAAAAUAUAAUAGAAAGCACCCGAAUUUCCCCAUUUGCCCGACAAUUUAUCCCAAAAACUCCAAAAAAAUCAAAUAAAGAUAUAAUCACAGUGAUCCCAAAAAAAUAUUAUUUUGGGAGCAAAGCACAUAUAUAA